UCGAUAAGUGUAACGCGAUCAAGUUGGGGGGAAAGUAUUCGGGGGGAAAUACGGAGUGCACUGAUUCUGUGUGUAUACUGGAGUGUUUUUUUCUUCCUCACAAAUAUAACGAAGGCGGAGUAACGAGGAGGUGAAAGCUACAAGUUGCCUACAUGUCAACGUUCUCUCCCUGCGUGGUGUAAACAGCUGGCCCGCCCAGCCAUGAUUGAGGACAAAGGUCACCGUGUGACAGACUACUUCGUGGUGGCCGGACUGACGGACAAGUCCACGCCGCUUGAGCAGGACCUGUCCGAGACCAAGUCCAGCGGGCCAAAAGCCCCCAUCACUGACCUGGCCGUCAUCAACAAGUCUGCGGGGGAGACGGUGCCUGAGGGCUUCACCUGCAUCGAGACAACGUACAGCGGCCAGCCUGCCAACCUCAACCACGGCAGCCUCAAAAGCCCAGAGCUCUUCCUAUGCUACAAAAGAGGCCGGGAAAAGCCCCCACUCAUCGACAUCGGAGUGCUUUAUGAGGGGAAAGAAAGGCUCAUCCAGGGUUGCGAAGUCAUCCAGGCCACACCUUUCGGUCGAUGCGCCAAUGUCAACAACAGCUCGGCCACGUCGCAGCGCAUCUUCAUCACGUUCCGCCGCGCACCGCCCAUCCAGCCCCAGAACUCGCUCGCCGUCACCGACAUCUGCGUCAUCAUCACCAGUAAAGGCGAAAUACCCCCCCAUACCUUCUGUAAGGUGGACAAGAACCUCAACUGUGGCAUGUGGGGAUCUAGUGUGUUCCUGUGCUAUAAGAAGUCAGUGUCUGCCUCCAACUCCAUUGCAUACAAAGCUGGUCUCAUUUUCCGCUACCCAGCGGAAGACUAUGAAUCCUUCCCACUCUCUGAGUCUGUGCCCCUCUUCUGCCUGCCAAUGGGGGCUAAGAUUGAGUCCUGGGCACCCAAUACACGCUACCCCCUGCCAGUGUUCUCCACCUUUGUCCUUACAAGCUCUUCUGGGGAAAAGGUUUACGGCGCAGCCAUCCAGUUCUACGAGCGUCACCCUGUGGAGAACCUGAGUGAGAAACAGAAGAUUCAGUUGGGCCUGCUGACGGCUGUGGAGAAGAAGCCCAUCACUGACAGGCUUGUCAACACCAACAAGUGCAUCUGCCUUCUCUCACACUGGCCCUUCUUCGAAUCUUUCCGGAAGUUUCUCAUGUUCCUCUACAAACUGUCGGUCUCCGGUCCGCACCCACUGCCCAUUGAGAAGCACAUUUCUCACUUCAUGCACAAUGUGUCCUUCCCUUCCCCUCAGAGGCCCAGAAUACUGGUCCAGCUCUCAGCGCAUGACACCUUAACCCUCUCUCAGCCUGUUUCAACACCUUUACCACUAAGUGGGGCAGAUUACAGCACGCUGCUGAUGAAUCUCGGCUCGGAAAACUGCGCCUCGCUGCUGCACUUUGUCCUGCUGGAGAGCAAGAUCCUGCUUCACUCCCUCAGACCAGCCGUGCUCACAGGAGUGGCUGAGGCAGUGGUGGCGAUGAUCUUUCCUUUCCAGUGGCAGUGCCCCUACAUCCCCCUGUGCCCCCUCUCUCUCGCUGGGGUCCUGAAUGCACCUUGUCCUUUCAUCGUUGGCGUGGACUCCAGAUACUUUGACCUCUAUGACCCCCCACCUGAUGUGGUGUGCGUGGACCUGGACACCAACACUAUCUAUCUGUCUGACGAGAAGAGACAUUCUAACUGGAAGAAUAUUCCAAAGAAGCCCUGUAAAAGUCUUAUCAAUUCCCUGAGCAACCUGCACAACCAGCUCGCCGCUGUACGGCGGACUCCCACGGAGGGCUCAGCGAUAGAUAUGACGCCCAUCGAAGCUGACUUCACCUGGCAGAAAAAGAGGACAGGCCUGGAGAUGGAGAUCCAAGAAGCUUUCCUGCGCUUCAUGGCCUCCAUCCUCAAAGGCUAUCGAACCUACCUCAAACCCAUCACCCAGGCUCCGUCUGAGAAAGCCACUGCAGCUGACUCCCUUUACGACCUGCAAGGGUUUUUGAAGAGUAGGGACCGCGCCCAUCAGAAGUUCUACUCCCAACUGACCAAGACCCAGAUUUUCAUCCGCUUCAUAGAGGAAUGCACCUUUGUCAGUGAUAAAGACACAGGCUUGGCUUUCUUUGACUACUGCAUUGAAAAACUUUUCCCUUCUGAUAAAGGAACAGACAAAGGCUCAAAGGUGGAAGGGGAGUCAUACGAGGACACGCGGCUGUUGGAGCUUGAUGAGUCCCAGAAGAGCGAACACACCGUGUUUGUCAUGCCCCCAGAGCCCCCGCCCGAGGACGGCUCAGAACCUCCUCCUAAAUACAGUUAUAACAACUUUCCUCGGUUGCAGCUGGAUCUAUUUGAUCGUCCUGUUGAGUUAAGGCCAGCACUGAGUACCAGAGCAGCAGGCGCCAGUUUGUCAAGCAGCCCAGCCCUCCUUGCAAAAAGAACCAAACAGGAAAUCAAGCUGGCGUACAAAAUGGCAAAGCGUUUCUACUCCAACCCUCCACUGUGGGCCAAGUGUCUGUUCAGUCACUGCUACAGCCUGUGGUUCAUCUGUUUGCCCGCUGGCAUGCGCGCGGCUCAUUCCAAACCCCGCGCCAUGCAGCAGGCCUACGACGUCCUCCUCAAGAUGAGGAGCACUGAAGUGGAGGUUCUGGAUGAGGUGUGUUACCGUGUGGUGAUGCAGUUAUGCGGACAGUGGGGGAUGCCUGUAAUGGCUGUUCGUGUGCUUAUGGAAAUGAAGAAGGCUAAAAUACAUCCUAACGCCAUCACAUAUGGAUACUAUAAUAAGGCCGUUUUGGAGAGUCCUUGGCCCAGCCGGAACCGUAGUGGUCACUUCAUGUGGACCAAAGUGCGCAAUGUGGUGCGUGGUGUGGCCCAGUUUAAACAGGCACUCCGUGGGAACGCACACUCGAAAGAACCACCCCUGAUCAACACCGGUGAAGCAGAUGGAGACAGAUUUAGCCACGGAAGCGCUGACAGCGAGGCCAACGGUGACGAACACACGGUGUUUUCCCGCCACCUCAUCGUAGGAGACCCCAGUGAGAGUCAGUGCAGCACAGGUGGCCAGUCUGAUCAGGGCUAUGGGUCUAAAGAUGAACUCCAUCAGGACUCCUCUGACCUGGCUAAUGUCCCCGCCUCGCCUCUCCCCACUGCUGACCACAGCAGUAAGAGUAAAGCAGCUGAGGACCAGCAUAAUGGCGAAGAUGCUGCUGGCUCUGUAGACAGUGCCGUUGCCAUAACUGACCCCCCUAGUCCAGUUGACCCAGCCCCACCACCUGCCAGUAUAGUCAAAUUAUCCACAGGCAGUUUUGAUGGAACAAAAGGGAUCGGAGAGACUGGUGGUGGUGCAAGUAAGCUCUUCAUCCCACGCAGUAAGAGUGAAGACGUGGUCCUUCCUGUGGAGGGUGGCUCUGGAAAGCUCGAUGCUGUUUCUCAAACAACCCAGCAGCAACGGAUCAAAGCCUUUGCUGAACGCAGUUGUAGUUUUAGCACGGAGAGCCGAGCCGGCAUGCUUGGAAAGAAGGGCAGUCUGGAGCUCAGCGUGGACCACAUGGGUGCCGACGCCAGGAUCCUCGCUGCAGCCUUCUCUGGAGGCAAGACUCCUCCCCCUAUCCUAGCAACAGGCUCUGCUUUCAAAGAACUGGAGGCUGAGACUGAAACUAAGCAUUCCCUUGUGAACAAGGGCAGUGAAGAGGAAGGGGUGGGAGAAAAGGAGGUAGCCGCACCAGAGAAAGAGGAGGAGCAAGGGCAAAAAGAGGAGCAAGGUGAAAGACUCUCGAAGGAGGACGUUACUCCUCAGGGAAGUGUUGGAGUUGGGAGGAGUUGCAGUAGCGGUUCUUCCUCCUCUAAAGUGGUGGAGAGGGAAGAUGUGGAGGUGGGUGCCGACCCUCUUUCCCUGUUAGCCUCUGAGAGCGAAGACGCUGCAUCCAUCCAGAGCCAGGAGUCGGCACGUAACGUCCCACCAGUCGUGUCAAGGAACCUCGCAGACGAGAUUGAGAUGUACAUGAAUCUAAAGAACCCGCUGGGAAUCAAGGCCUCCAGCAUGGAGCUCCAUCAGGGGACCAAUCAAGACUCGGAGUCCCAACAAGGGGACUCCACGGAUUCCCCUGCCACCAUACAGUCUGUCGAAAGGAGAUCUAGCCUCCCUGUUGGUCACUCGAAAAUGCCAGGCCCACGGGACACGCCCAAACGCAGCCCUGCCGUCACACGCUCAAAAACCUUCGCUGCCAAGUCCCCGAAGACGCCUGGUUCAACGCCAACCUCAACAUCACUGACCGCCCUGGUCAGGUCGUCACAGAGCGGAUCACUGGGAUCAGUGAUCAACUCCAUCUCCGGCAUCAAAAUGGAUGCCCUGCUCUCGGGGCCUAAGAUAGACAUGCUGAAGUCGGGUAUGAAGCAGGCUGCUAAUGUGGCCAGUAAGGUGUUGGGAGCAGUUGCCUCAGCCUACUCCUACUCUGACGACGAAGAGGACACGGCUCAGCCAAGAGAUGCUUUCCCAGCCCGUCUGGAGGACCAUCUUUUUUCUGACGACGGAGAAGUGGAGAACUCCGUUCCACGAGGUCUCAUGCCCAGUCUGGCCUCCAACGGCCUCACCCACAGCACGACUAGCCUGGGUAGCAGCAGCGGCAGCAGUGACACGGGCAAAGUGCAGCACCCGUCAUCAAUGCCUGCAAGCAAGUCAAUGAGGAGUGGGGACUCUGAGAGGUCUGAGCAGAGCUCCUCACAUCACGCCAGCACCUCCAGUAUAAACCAGAACUGUGCACUAGAGGUGCUGAUGUCCAGUUGCUCUCAGUGUCGAUCAUGUGAAGUUUUGGUGUAUGAUGAGGAGAUCAUGGCUGGUUGGACAGCCGACGACUCAAACCUCAACACCACCUGUCCCUUCUGCCGAAACUCCUUCCUACCCCUGCUCCAAGUGGAGUUCAAUGACCUACGCUCCACAUCCGGCUUCUACCUGAAAGGCAGCACGUCAGGAGACAGCAUCCACAGCACCAGUACCCAGCCCACUCCGUCCAUUUCCUCAGAGCACAAAGAAGGCAGCCCCAGUGACCCGCCCGAUCUCAUCAGCUUUGCAGAGUCCUCUGAAGACACAGAAGAGUUGAGAGUGUCCCCCACCGAUCAGGCCGAAACGCAGAAAACCCUUGUACCAACUCCUGUACAUUCGGACCCCCUGGGCCUAAUGGAGAGGCAAGCAGAAAAGCGCGGCACCUCUCUGACUCGCAGCAACAGUGUGGGAGGACCCCUGCAGAGCCUGGACUCCACACAGCGUCCCAAUCACGGCGUCUCCACCACCAGCCUGCCCAGCAGUCUGCAGGAGGUGGCAGAAACCUUGGGGCAGAAGAGGCAGAACCCAAAGCCGGUGUCUGUGCCUUAUCUAAGCCCACUGGUUCUGCGUAAAGAAUUGGAAUCAUUACUGGAGAAUGAAGGGGACCAGGUGAUCUACACUCAUAAGUUCCUCAGUCAGCACCCCAUAAUCUUCUGGAACCUUGUGUGGUAUUUCCGUCGCCUGGAUCUUCCCAGCGUCCUCCCUGGCCUCAUCCUCACAUCUGAACACUGCAACAAUGGAGUGCAGCUCCCACAGACGUCACUGUCUCAGGACAGUAAACAGGUUUAUGUCCAGCUGCUUUGGGACAACAUCAACUUGCACCAGGAACCCAAUGAGCCCCUCUAUCAGCUCUGGAGAACCUUCUGGCAGAAGAAGGGCUCUCUUGCCCCCACAGACCACCAGGAGACGCGGACCCUGCUCAACAGUAUUGUACGCAGCAUCCAAACCAAUGAUGUCUACAGCCCCAUCACCCUGCUUCUCAGAGAGAUCAAGAGGCGCCCUGAUGUGAAACGGCAGAGGAGUAUCUACAGAGAGAUUUUAUUCCUUUCACUAGUUGCCUUGGGGAAGGAGAACAUUGAUGUGGAGGCCUUCGAUCGUGAAUACAAAGUCGCCUACGAUAACCUGAGCCCUGAGCAACUCAAAGCUCUUUCCUCCAUCGACAGACCACCGAGCAAAAGCGUGCAGUGGUGCCUCAAGUGUUUUGGAGCUCCGGUCAUCUGACGUGGCGCCCCC